CGGUCUCAUGUGGGGCGAGGGACGUCUGCCCCACGGAGCCCGCCCGGAGCCUCCAUCCUGUUGCGGACGGAGGUGCUGAGGCCGCCCCGUCUCUCUCCGCAGUGGCCGUGGACACCACCCUGUGCGUGGAGUGGAAGGAGGUGAAAGCGCUGUCGCCGCUGCGUGCUGCCCGGCCGGCCCCGCUGCCCCGCCUGCUGCGCCAGGCCUCCUUCGACAGCCAGGACUUCCUCGAGGUCAAUGUUGAAGACACUGUCGAGAUGCUGCCCAAGUCGCGGCGCGCGCUGACCAUCCAGGAGAUCGCCGCCCUGGCCCGCUCCUCGCUGCACGGCAUCUCGCAGGUGGUGAAGGAGCACGUGACGAAGCCGACGGCCAUGGCGCAGGGCCGCGUCGCCCACCUCAUCGAGUGGAAGGGCUGGUGCAAGCCCGUGGAGCCGCCCGCUGCCCUGGAGAGCGCCUUCAGCUCCUACUGCCACCUGAGCGAGGGCGAGCAGGAGGCGCGCUUCGCCGCAGGCGUGGCGGAGCAGUUUGCCAUCGCCGAGGCCAAGCUGCGCGCCUGGUCCUCGGUGGACGGGGACGACUCCAACGACGAGUCCUACGACGAGGACUUCAUGCCCUCCACGGAGAGCUCCCAGCCGACCGAGCUGUCCGGCUCGGUGCCCGCCAGCGCGCUGCUGCGAGACCUCCUGCAGGGCCACCUGUGCCAGCUGGGCGUGCGGCACGGCUCCUGCGAGCCCGAGAGCGACUCGUCGCACACCCUGUCCCCCGAGACCCUCUGCUCCAGCCUCUGCAGCCUGGAGAUGGUGUCGCCCUCCGAACUCACUGCCAAACUGCUGGGCUCCCUGGGGGGCGAGGACCUGCUGCUGCCCAAGCUGCCCCCCCCGGCCAGCCAAAGUGCCUUGCGGGGCCUGGCACGGCUCCGGUGCCAGGACUCCCUGUACCCCGUGUCCUACGCCGAGGCUUGCCUCUCGCCCGCCGAGGACGAGGUGGUGCUGAGCAAGGACUUCCCGCUCUGCCGGAAAGUCUCCGACGUCGCCUCCUCCGGGGUGGUGUCACUGGAGGAGGAGGAGGAAGAGGAGGAGGAGGAGGCCGAGGAGCCGUGAGGCCCCCCUGGGGACCCUGCCUCUCCCGCCGGGGCACCGGCCCCCCGCCACCGCGCCCCGGCCCAGCCCCGCGCUGGGCGAGGGAAGGAUCCUGCUGUGGUUCCUUGUGCUAGCAGGGUGCGGGGGGGGGGGACAGAGGGGUGUCCCCCCCUUCAGUGGGGCCCCCCCUGGC